GGGAUAGGCGUCCGGCUUUCUUUCUACAUGCAGGCGGUCCUACUAGCCGUCCUAUCCGCUCGUACACCCUCCGCAGAGGAGAUCACCCAGAAUUUGGGCACCCUGAUCGUCACCAACAUGGCCUAUGCUGUGACCACUCUUGUACUUGGUUUUACGAAUCAGCAGAACCAGCUUAAUUUAUACGACGCCCUUGUAGUCUUAUAUCUAUUAAGUCCGUCGUGGGCUGCCAUAUUCUUCACCAUGCCACAAUACAACCGCCAUAAGAAAUCGGAGCCCAUCGUCAAGGUCCUUGCGAUCGUUCAGUCCUACCUUCUAUUCGCCUGCGCCUUUGCAAUCCUCGGCAAUGCGUCCACGUUCGGCUCGUCCCCCGAAUGCAAUUCUCAUCUGGUGUUUGUGAUAUUUCGACCUUUUCACGUCCUUAAUGCUGGGAGAAACGCGUUCCUGGUGCUGCUGAGCAUCGUCGCGUUGAUAUACACGGUGCUGCUAUACUGCGACUACCAGACGCUUAUAUGGCGGUUCUUCAAGGAAAAAGAGUACAUCGCUAUUCUUGAGAAGGGACGAACGACGACCAGGAAGCUAUUGGAGAAGUUGCGUUUAAUGAAACCUUCGCCCGACCUACAGAACGGGGACGCUGAGAAAGGAAAGCAAGACUCGACCAAUCCCCCUCUAAGCCGACAGACCUCCCACCAUCCAAAGCAUCCAAACAACCAAGGGAUUCCCAGCGGCACAGGUCGGAGGCACUCCGGAAAGAACAUGUUCCGUACUUCUCGCCGCGGCUCGUCGAAACCGACAAAUGCGUCAACCUCUUUGAACGAGUCGGCGGGGGAUAGCCAACUAUUUCCCGAUAACCCAAAUAUUGCGCAACCACAUACGGAAGGCGUGAGAGGCGGCGGUACGACUUGUCGCACACAGCACCCAAAUGCUGCGCCAUCCGGGCGCCCUCUCGCCGUCUCGUUCUCCGAGGCAUCGUCUGAUGGUGAUCUUCCACCCACCUCACUCGCGUCACGCGAGAACGAGGAUCCAUUGGCGGGUCUUCCAUUUGCGGGAUUGCCAUCAUUUGCUUUUGAUACAAGCUAUAGAGCGAACAUAAACGGACGCCUCAUCGUCAACCUCCUACUGAUCUUGGCUACCUCGGCACUCGCCAUACUGAACACGGAGCUCCUGCGUGCAUGGAACCAUCCCCAGUCUGACAGCGGCUCUUCCGAAGGGUCGUGGGGUUUCGGUCAGAUUCUCCCUCUUUUCCUCACGGUACUCCCUGCAUGGAACGCCUGCAAGGCUUUCAAGAAACAUGGAUUAGGCGAGAAGAGGAAAGAUAGCCGAAAAGUUCGAGUGAAGGCCUCCAGUUCCAAGAAAGGGUCAGCUCGUCGUCCUGCCUCUCCCAGACGGCGUCCCGAUCCAGUCUCAAAUGGCGAUGCAGGUGCAAACGCUAGUCCUUUCUCGAUCCCCUUCCCAUUUGGGCCUUCCCCGUUCUCCGCAACUAGCAACUAUCCGAACACCAAUAGGGAGGGAACAGCUACUCAAUAUGCGUCUGGCGCCAAAAUUGAGCAGGUAGAGGAUGAGAGCUCUCACAGGGAGACGAGCAGUGAUGAGGAAGAAGUGCCGAAGCCGGGGCAAUCUGGUGUGCAUUCGCUAUGAACGGUUGACAAGAAACAAUCUUUGAGUUCAAUUCGAUACACUUCCAGCAGGAUUUCCGUGAACAUGUAGGACGGGAGCUGUAUAUAAUAUGUAAAUUCUGCAGAGCUAGAAUAAUAGGGAUGAUCAUGUCGUGCUGAUUACAAUGUCAUGAUGAUCUUGUAUUACAAGUAUCCAGAGACAUGUACCUACGCCCAUAUAUAUCAUCAUGAAGAGUCGCUGCUA